UCAAACACACAUUAAGCCACAUCAUGUAAUUACAACAACAUUUUAAAACAAAAAAUAUACUGGCAUAAUGGAGGAACAUUCAAAUACCAGAAAGAUGAUAGAAUAACAUAAAGCAUAGAAUAGUAAUUGUUUGCUUGAGGAUAUAGAACUUUAACGGAUAGUUGAGGCAAGAAAGGAUAAAUGGGAGACAAAUGAAAGAAAUUCUGAGAUCACCAUCGAUGCAAAUGGUAUUCUUAAUAAUAAAUAAACAACUUUUCUUUAGUGAGACAUUCUUAAAGAAUUCCAAUUUUGCACAUGAUAUGCUUAUAUUGACCGGCAAACACUUCUCUCUAAUGGGACCUCUUUUGAUUUACGUCAUUCAAAUAGAAGUUAAAACCAUUUUCCAUACAACCCACCCUAAAAUGUUUUGGAAUUUAAGGUUCAUUUUGGUUUCUCUUAGAAGCAAAUCACUCAAACAUUUCAGCCAUAAUAAAUUGAUUCCAUGAGCUGAAAUUUUUGCUCUCCUGUUCUAGAAAUCAUUCUAAUAAAGGGAGUUUGGAUUCUCCUUAUUUAAAAUAUUAAAUCUUUUGCAGUAAGGCUAUGAAGUAAAAUCUUGCUUUUUUAAAAAAGCCAUCUCCAUAGACAUCAAAUGCAAUUAACCCAAGAAUAGAUAAAAAUAUAAGAUAAAUUUUGACAUAACCCAAGAAUAGAUAAAAAAUAUAAGAUAAAUUUUGACAUACUUUUGGCCAAGAAAAAGAAAAGAAACGAAACGGAAAAAAUAAAUUUGCAAGACCAUGUUAACCAUAAGCAUCAAAGACCAUUAUCACAUCUGAAGCUAAACAGGACAUCGAAGAAUUUUUUUUUUUUUUUUUGAUAACUAACAGGACAUCAAAGAUUUCAUCAAGUGGAUAGUGGAAGUCUUGUGACAUGUUCCACUCACAAGAGAACCACGAUAGCAAAUAGCUCCCUUUGCAUUGUUCCCAUUGAUUAUUAUCAAAACGGAACCAGUUUUAGAUGAAUCAUGAUUGCAUUAAACAAAUUCAAGCAAAUGCCCAACACUAGAGCCUAAGCUUUUUUUCCCAUUGUAUUGUUCCCACUAAUUAUUAUCGAAACCUAAUCAGUUUUUAAACAAAUUCAAGCAAAUGCCCAACACUAGAGCCUUUUUUUUUUUUCCCCCUUUGUAUUGUUCCCACUGAUUAUGAUUAUUGUCAAAACCUAAUCAGUUUUUAAAAAAAUUCAGGCAAAUGCCCAACACUAGAGCCUAAGUUUAUUUUUCCCUCCACAAGUUCAUCAAUAUGUGGGAAGCACUUUCACUUUCACUUUUCAAUUUUCUAUUAUUCCCUUUCUAUCCAUCUCCACCAUAUUUAUACCACCUGAAGGUUACCAAAUAAGAUCAAGCAUUCUUAGUUAGUUCUUUCCAGGCCUCUUCCAGGGACCAUUCCCAUCUGCUCAUCAAGCCCACCUCCCAGUGCAAAAGCAUGGGAGAUCGGCUUCGCCUGUCAGUAGGAGUAAUGGGGAAUGUGGCCUCUAUGUUACUUUACAGUGCACCCAUAUUAACUUUUGCAAGGGUCAUAAAAAAGAAAAGCAACGAGGAUUUCUCAUGUGUUCCAUACAUCAUUGCACUGUUGAAUUGUUUCCUUUAUACUUGGUAUGGCUUGCCUGUUGUAAGUUACAGGUGGGAAAAUUUCCCUGUGGUCACCAUUAAUGGCUUAGGCAUUUUCCUUGAGCUCUCCUUCAUUCUCAUAUAUUUUUGGUUUGCUUCAGCUAAAGGAAAGAGGAAGGUUGCUAUGAUAACAAUACCUGUUAUUCUAGUUUUCUGCAUCACUGCAAUAAUAUCAGCUUUUGCAUUCCACGAUCACCACCAUCGCAAGAUAUUCGUUGGAAGUAUUGGACUCGUAGCCUCUAUAGCAAUGUACGGUUCUCCUCUGGUGGUCGUGAAGAAAGUAAUAGAAACAAAGAGCGUGGAGUUUAUGCCAUUCUACUUGUCACUUUUCUCGUUCCUAGCAAGUUCCCUAUGGAUGACCUAUGGAUUACUAGGCCACGAUCUUUUCCUUGCGUCUCCUAAUCUGGUUGGCAGCCCUCUAGGCAUCCUCCAGCUUGUGAUUUAUUUCAAGUACAGGAAAAGGGGAAUUAUGGGAGGACCACACAAAUGUGAUAUAGAGAAGAAUGGUGAUAAAACCGAACAGCAGUUGCAAGUAAUGGUUGCUGAAGACACUAAUGGCAAGAUUUGAAGAAUUGUUCACAUGAAGGUCUACUAGAAUUGCCCUACAAUUUGGGUAGUUGAUCACGGUUCACUUCAAAUAAAUACAGGAGAACUAAUGCAUUCAUACAUGCAAUGUAUCAUAUUUGUUUAUGCAAAAUAGAUAAGCAUAUGUAUUAGAGUUUUGUUUCAUGGUUGUCAAGAUGUUUAAGUAUUAGCAUCAGUUUUAACACAUUUACGUGUUUUUGACGGGAAA